AUGUCUUGCUCGGCUCGCAUCUCCUCCUCCAGGGCUGGGGGCUACAGGGUGUCUGCUGGUGGAAACAGCCUCAGCAGUGGAAGCAGAUGUGGUCUGGGGAGUGGCUCUGCCAGCAGCUGGGGCCUGAGUGGGGGGUCUAGCGGGGGCAUUGGAGGGGGCUUUAGUAGCUGCUCAGUAAGAGGUGGUAUUGGAGCAGCCUCGGGCUCCAGAGCUGGCUUUGGCUGGGGCUCUGGAUUUGGUGGCAGUUCUGGAUUUGGUAGUGGUGCCAGUGGAGGCUUCUAUGGCUGUGGCUAUGGUUUAGGAGGUAGCUUUGGUGACAGUGAUAUUAGCGAUGGGGGACUUUUCUCUGGAAGUGAAAAGCAAACCAUGCAGAACCUCAAUGAUCGCCUGGCUAACUACCUAGACAAGGUCCGGGCUCUGGAAGAGGCCAACACUGAUCUGGAGAAUAAAAUCAAGGAGUGGUAUGAUAAGAAUGGGUCUAGAGACGGUGGAUCUAGACGAGAUUACAGCAAAUACUACUCAGUAAUUGAAGACCUCAAGAACCAGAUCAUUGCUGCCACUGUUGAAAACGCAGGGAUCAUUUUGCAGAUUGACAAUUCCAGACUGGCUGCUGAUGACUUCAGACUCAAGUACGAGAAUGAGCUGUUCCUCCGGCAGAGCGUGGAAGCUGACAUCAACGGCCUACGGAAAGUCCUGGAUGAACUGACCAUGACUCGCUCUGACCUGGAGAUGCAAUUCGAGAGCCUCACCGAGGAGCUGGCCUACCUGAGGAAGAACCAUGAGGAGGAAAUGAAGAGCUUGCAGGGAAGCUCCAGUGGAGACGUGACAGUAGAAAUGAAUGCAGCUCCUGGGACAGAUCUGACCAAGUUACUGAAUGAUAUGAGGGCACAGUAUGAGGAGCUGGCUGAGAAAAACCGCCAGGAAAUUGAGGAACAGUUCAACAAGCAGAGCGCAUCUCUGCAAUCCCAGAUCUCUGUUGAUGCUGGAGCAGCCAACUCUGCCAAGAAUGAGAUAACAGAACUGAAACGUACAAUGCAAGCCCUGGAAAUUGAACUUCAGUCUCAACUGGCCAUGAAAAGUUCCCUGGAAGGGAACCUGGCCAACACAGAAGCUGGCUAUGCAGCUCAGCUGUCAAAAACUCAGAUGCUGAUCAACAGCCUAGAGGAGCAGAUCUGCCAGAUCCGGGGUGAGACCGAAUGCCAGAACGCAGAAUAUGAGCAACUGCUGGACAUCAAGACCCGCCUAGAGAUGGAGAUCGAGACCUACCGCCGCCUCCUUGAUGGAGAGGGAGGCAGUGUUUCCAGACUGACAUUGCGGUCUCAUGAUUUUUCAGAUCCCAGCAAGACAAGAGUGACUAAGACCAUCAUCGAGGAGGUGGUGGAUGGCAAAGUUGUCUCGUCUCAAGUCAGCAAUAUCUCAGAGGUGAAAAUAAAAUAA